UGCGAAAGAAGAUACAAAAUGGCAUAGUGACGGAUUCCUGCCAAAUCGGCUCAACAACUAACCACAACUCGAAGUCAGGAACGGAUCGGCUGCGACUGAACCGGUCUCGCCAUCAAAAAUGAACGAGGAACAAAAGACUGCUCGACAGGCCAAGCUAACAAAAGCUCUGUCUUCAGCCUACCUCGCUCAUCAGAUCCGAGACCUUGAAGGAAAAGUCAAGGAUGUCCAUGUUAAGGAACAGAAGCAAUCUAGCAGCGGCACAGCGCAAAAGACUGGCCCAGCUGCCAAUAUCGAUGCCGAAUUUCCACCGCUCGGCAGCAGCGUGAUCAGCACGGGACCUAGGGACAAGUCGAAUGCUCAACGUCGGCCAGCCACGCGAGAUUUGAACGAUUUUCCUAGUCUUGGCGAGAGCAAGCACUCCAAUCGCCCGGUGCAAAGCUUACAGACGGGCGAACAUUCGUCAAAUCAUCGAAUAGCGAAUCGACAACAUCGGCGCAGGAGUCCAUCAUUGGGCUCACACAACUCAUCUCGUGAACACGGACAAGGAAGAGGACGAGGCGGGAGAGGACAUAGGGGACGCAGAGGUGGUGGUGGAGGCGACCGCGACGGUCGAGGAGAUCACAGACGCGGAGGUGGACGAGAUCGAUCCCGUAAGGAGCGUGUACAAGGCAGGAUAGACGACUCGACUGAGAAAUCUGGUUCGGGAUCAGCUUCCGAAUCCUCAUCUUCAUCAGCUACCGGGUCAGGUAGAAGCGAGAAACGGCGGAAUGGUGCAGUUGCCGAUGACAAGGGACAUCGUCGUCACGGGAGAGACAAAAGACAUCGCCGCGCGGGCAGCCGAGCUUCUCGAGAUUCGAAUGGUCGUCAUGAUGAAGAUAAAGACAGACGCAAGUGGCGAGUCGUGGUUCUCGAUUCAUCGGCUUUGAUGUGGGCUCCGAAACAGGUCAGAAGGCUUGUGAACCAAGGCUGGGAGGUCGUGGUACCGCUGGAGGCCCUUCGUACUCUUGAUCUGCUCAAGGGAGGCAACACGCCGUCUGCACGGGCUGCACGAGCCGCAACGAGGUACAUUGAGCACGCUGCAAGGCAUUUUCGGCCGAUGGAAUCUCGACACGACACAAGAGACGGACCUACAUACCGUGGCGGCAGGGGCCUUCGCAUUCAAUCCGAACGCGAAGUCAAGGCCCCCGAGGAAAUAUCCUCGCUUCCUAUCCCACCAUCCAGCGGAGAUGCCGAUGAGACGUUGCCCAAAUGGUUGAUCAGCGUCUUGUCGUGCGCGGCGUACUUUACAGCCGUGAGCGUGGAAAUGGCUCAAAACGAUACGCAUAUACCUGUUCCAGGAUUAACAGAGUUGGAAGAAUCCCCAGCGAUAUUGUUCGUCGCCAAUCCUUCCUUUGAAGGCGAGUACAUGUCGGACAAUUCGUUUGUGGAACGAGGGGAAGGCUUUCUCGUUUUGCAGGAGGCUCAGCGAUUUGAGAUCCCAUUGGAAGUACUCAGGGAUGAGGAGGAAGCCUUGGGCGAACGGGGUGCUGCUGGCGGAGGCAGAGGUCGAGGAGGAAGAGGCAGAGGGAGAGGCGGUGGACUUGGGCCGGGAGGAGCCAAAAAGGCCAGAGGUGGACCCAGAGGGGAUGGAGGAGGUGAAGGAGGAAACGAUAGAGAAGAGCCUACACCUCAAGUCAGGAUUCUCGUUCGACCUGCUCAAUUGGAUCCUACGUCAAACGUCUCGCAGAGCAUGACAGCUCAAAAUGGACGCAUUAGCUCCGGCACAGGCCUUGGUGCUCAAGCCGAUAUCUCAUCUGAACGAAAUACCAACGAUACCGCUACAGACCAAAUCAAGGGAUCACCUGUCAUCCCUCCACCAGUCAUCUCCAGUCCCAGUGCUUCUCCUCGUCAGAGUCUAGAGCAAGAUGGGCAGAAAGUAACCAUAGCCAUGGCUGGUGGUGCAGGACUUCGAUCACACCCUUCUUCGCCUUUAAUUCCUCCACCUCAAUUCUCGCCUAGACCGGAACACGGUGUACUUGAUGGAUCACCUGGCCCAGCGCCAUUUGCUGGAUUUCCUCGCGGGCCGCCGGUGCACCUUGCGCAAGCACCUAUUCCGCCUCAUCCACCACUUCCACCACAUCCGCCUCAUCCCCCUCAUCCGCAUCACCCCCCUCACCCGCAUCACCCACCUCAUCACCCGCAUCCCCCUCACCCCUUGCAUAUACCAGGACCUUCUGGACGCCCUCCGCCAUUCUACCCUUCGACAGGUCCUGGCUUCAAUCCCUUUGACAACAAGCCUCCACCUACUGCCCCUCCUCUUCUGCACUCCAUCGGAGAUCAUUCGGUGCCACACCACAAGAUUCGUGAACGUAAUGACAGUCUUAGCAGUGGUUCCACAACAAGCUCCUCAUCAGACGACUACAGCCAGGCAUACAGUCAUGGUAGCCGCCGGGAGGGAUAUCGACAAGGCGCAAAUGCAUACGCGCACGAUGAUACCUCUCGUGAGCAGUCUGGUGGAUGGAGAGGCCAACCUCGCAAUGGAGGGCCUGGACGAGGAGGUCCAGUUCGAGGAAGGGGAAUUGCACUUUCAGGUCCAUUCGCUUCUGCUCCGCCAGGCUCUUUGGGUCAGGGCACGAGUGGUCCUGACUUGGACCACUGGGCUGGCGACAGAGGUCGUGGACGAGGACGAGGUGGUCGCGGAGGCGGCUUUGAACGUGGUCGAGGUGGUCGGGGAAGUGGACGUGGAGCCGGGGGUGGAGGCGGAGGCGGUGAACCUGGUGGAUUCACCCUGCUCCAGCGCCCUGGUCCACCUCGUCUUGCAGAAUACUCUUCAUUGGAUGGUCCGGGCCGUACUUCGCUAGGGCAGGGAUCUGCAGGUCGAGAUCGAGAUGGCGCCGCAUCGUUUCGCGCGGAACCCCACGAUCCAUCUUUUGAUCGCCCGAAACCGUCGAGCAAGCACCUGUGGGAUGAUCAUCGAUUUGGCGGUGGAUCGUUUGAACCUCGACGAGCGAGUGAGAGGCGAGGGGGCAGGCGAGAAGGACACGUGCAUGAAGAAGAUCGUGAGAAGAGCGUGAGGGAUCGUGAGAAAGUAGGCAAGCUGCUAGCCCAGGCCAAGGAGAGGAAUGAGAGGGAUAAAGAGAAGGAGAAGGAGAGGAUGGAGAGGAGGCGUGAGAGGGAAGCGAGGGAUCAGCUGCGGGCCGAGCAGGACAGGGACAAGGCUGAGAGGGAGCGUGAUCGAGGUGAAAGGGAUCGCGAGAGGGCAGAACGACAGGUGGAGAAGAGUGAGCGUGAACGCGAGAGAGCAGAAAGGGAGCUGGAACGGGCGGAAAGGGACCGUGAACGAGGUGAACGAGAGCGGGAAAGGGAGAUGGAGCAUGCUCAACGUCAGCGGGACAAGGAGCGAGACGGUCAGGACGUGGUGGACACUGUUGCAUUCCACCGCCAAGGUCAAGAACAACCCGAUGGGCCAUCCGCUGGAAUCUACGAGGACAAAUCUACCAAGGUUGUCCUGCUUCGACGACCUGGCUGAACAGUGUCUGCUGAUGCAGCUUCAAACCAAACAAAUCAAACUGUUCAGUAUCGGAUCGCUUUCGGCGAUUAGAUCUCGACAAGGGAACGGUUCCAAGGGUGCGUGUUCGGGGUCAAAUCAAGAUCUCUAGAUUCGCACAGAUCGGCGCAUGCUGCAUGCGCAUGCAUGCAUCGCUCAAUUUGGUAUUCCGUCGGAAACCCAAGCGCAUAGGACCAUGCUCUCAAGCUAGGUAGACUGGCGAGGGCCAGGGCUCAUGCAUGGCAUGGGACGGCCAAAUGGACCUG